AUGAUCACUUUAUACUUGAGGAAGACAGACGUUAGAUUUAUCCUGAUUCUGUUCCUUGCAUUCAAAUACCACUCGUGCGAAGACGUUAUAAAUAGAUUGUUUGAAGAAAUUAAUGAAGCAACGUUGAAGUUUAAUAGACUCGGUGCGGACAUAGCGUGGCAGUAUUCAGUAGAUCCUAACGAUGCUGGGCUGUCACGAAGAUCAGCGGAUUAUCAGCUGGAAAGAAUAGUAUGGCAGCAGAGAUCGUGUGACGUAGUUGAGGGUUUGCAUGAACGAGGGGCACUUAAUGUAACACAACAAAGACAGGCCCAUCUUCUGUGUAGAGGACCCAAAUUUACAUAUAAGGAAGCGAGAGCGAUGAGCAAUUUAUAUGAUGAACUACUGACUAUAUAUUCUAAUGCAGCGGUGUGUGUUCCAAAUAUAAGCAAUAUAGCUGAUGGAUUGUCUCAUGAAGAUACCAUUAAACAUUAUUUAUUGAACUUAAACCGAUUUAAUAAAAUUGAAGGAAUAAAUUUUUCCCUAAAAACUCACAAAAAUUCAUCUAAGAGGGAAGAAUUCACUUGUAUUAAAGGCGAAGAAGAAUUUGAUAAAUUAAUGAAAACGUCAAAAGACCCAGCAGUGUUGAAGUUUGUUUGGACAACCUGGAGAGAGGAUAUGAGGUCCAUGCGGGCACCGUACAAGAAACUGGUGGAUGUACAAAACAAAGCUGCCCGGAGAAACGGAUAUACAAAUAUUGGUGAAUCUUGGAGGGACGAGCUGGAGGUUGAUGAUCUUCGUAUAUUUUGUCGCCGUCUAUAUCAGAGUGUCAAACCUUUGUACGAGCUGUUGCACGGAGUCGUCAGGUUCUACCUUCGACAGCGGUACGGAGAUGAGGUGUCUCAGAGAGGACCGAUACCCGCACACUUGUUAGGAAGCUUGUGGUCGUACAACUGGGAGCCGCUAGCAGAACUCAUCAUCCCCAAAACUAUAGACUUGGAUGACCGCAUCAAGAAAUUAAAUUGGACAGUCAUAGAUAUGGUGAAACGAGCGGAGGACUUCUACAUGUCCCUCGGUCUCCCGCCCAUGACGCAGAGCUUCUGGAACAAGUCUGUGAUGACUCGUGCCAAUGAUGACGAGCGGUGUCACGGAACAGCCGCUGAUAUGUAUAGAGAUGAAGACUUCAGACUCCUGUAUUGUUCUGGAACGAGUUUCGAAGACUUCUCGGUGCUGCAUCACGAGCUGGGCCACAUCCAGUACUUCAUGGCGUACCAACAUCUACCUGGCCUCUUUAGGCAAGCGAAUACAGCGCUGCAUGAAAGCGUCGGUGAUGCUGUAAUGUAUGGAGUAAGAACUCCUCAACAUCUGCACAGAGUACGGCUACUUAAUGACACAGAGCUGUUCAAUGUUAACAAUAAUGAUAAAAUAAACAGAAAUGUUCUGAAAACAACAAUAAGAAUGGUCAAUAUAAGUCAAAUAUAUAAAAAUAAAUUAUCAACACACAUAGAUGACAGAGUUCUCGAAGAUAUAAGUACUGACGAUAUUCUUAUUUUGAAGCAGGCCUUGAAUAAACUACCCCAGAUACCAUUUUCGCUGCUAAUAGAUGAGUACAGGUGGAGGUAUUUUGAGGGUAGUUUGGAUGAAGAUUCUCUAAACCGUCACUUCUGGGACAUGGUUCGUGAAUUCCAAGGUGUUGUUCCUCCAGACCGAAGAGGAGAGGAGUACUUUGAUGCUGGCGCUGUGUUUCACGUAGCUGAUAAUACACCGUAUAUCAGAUACUUCCUGAGUUCGUUUCUUCAGCAUCAACUCUUUGAGUCUUUGUGUCGCGCGUCUGUGAGAGGUCGCAGACCGAGGUGGAUGCCGGCCAAGUGGGACCUGCUACGGUGUGAUAUAUACGGCUCUAAAGUCGCCGGGAAAAUAUUGAAGGAUUUAAUGUCUCGAGGAUCGUCACAAUCCUGGCGUCAGAUAUUGAAAGAAACUAUCGGAGAAAGUAACAUAUCAGCAACAUCACUGAACACCUACUACAGGCCGCUCUAUAAGCUAUUGACGAGAUUGGUUAAAAAAUACAGCAUUCCUAUUGGCUGGUAG